GCAAAUGCAAUUUAAAAAGUAAAUUUGAGCAUUCUGUAUUAAAUCUGUGCAGCUAUUAUCACAUGAAGAAGCGCAGUGUGUCGGGCUGUAAUAUAACCAUACUUGCUGUUGUGUUCUCCCAUCUCAGUGCUGGGAACUCACCAUGUGGAAACCAAGCAAAUGUGUUGUGCAUCAGCCGGCUUGAGUUUGUUCAAUAUCAAAGCUGAAACUAGCGAGGUCUGCUGUACUGCUUAUUGAAGUAUUGUGAUUCUUUUAGGCAUUGAUUCUUAAAAAAUAUAUACUGUAACAGUAUACUUUGUACAGAUUUAAAUUUUAUUUGAAAAAAAUGAAAUAAAGUAGGCAAAAAAAUAAAGAUGUUUAUUUUUCAUGUGA